AUGGCCUUUACCAAGAGACUCCUGGGCGUCGCUGCUGCAGCGCUCUGCUUUCAGCUCAGCCAGGCCAAAACCGUCACGUAUGAUUUUAAUCUUACUUGGGUGACGGCCAAUCCGGACGGUCUGUAUGAUCGCAAGGUGCUUGGUGUCAAUGGUCAAUGGCCAUUGCCUGUCAUUGAAGUUGAAAAGGGCGACCAGCUUGUGGUCAACAUGCACAAUAGCCUAGGUGACAAAAACUCAUCUAUCCACUUCCAUGGAAUGUACCAAAAUGGCACGAACAACAUGGACGGGCCUUCUAUGGUUACUCAGUGCCCUGUUCUGCCUGGCUCAUCCUUUACAUACAACUUUACGGUGAAUCAGGUCGGCACGUACUGGUAUCAUUGCCACACCGACUGGUGCUACCCCGAUGGCGAGCGCCAGGCGCUCAUUGUUCAUGACAAGGAUGCUUAUUUCAAUGAUGAAAUUGAUGGUGAAAUGGUGGUGACCAUGACUGACUGGUACCACAAUAUGACAGAAGAACUUUCUCAUUCAUUCCUGUCACCGACGAACCCUGAUGGUGAUGAGCCUGUUCCAAAAUCAUUCCUGUUUAAUGACACGCUCAAUACCAGCAUACCUGUUGAGCCUAGCAAGACGUAUAUGAUUCGUCUUAUCAACAUUGGUGCCUUUGUGAGCCAAUAUUUCUAUAUUGAGGGCCACUCUUUCCGCAUUGUGGAAAUUGAUGGUGUAUAUACCGAGCCUACCGAGGCGGAUCUGCUUUAUAUCGCCGUAGCCCAGCGGUAUUCCAUUCUGGUCACCACCAAGAGCACCACGGACAAGAACUUCCCCAUUGUCACAGUUGCCGAUGCACAAUUGCUUGACUCUAUCCCCGACACUCUCAAAUUGAACCAGACCAACUGGCUACAGUAUAAUGCCAAAGCUCCACACCCUCAAGCCGUGCUGAAUGUCAGCUCUUCAGCCGACCUUUAUCCAUUUGAUGAUACGAAGCUCUACGCAUACGACCAGAUGGAGCUGCUCCCCGAGCCCGAUAUCAGUAUUACCGUCAAUGUAGUGAUGCAGGAAGCCAGCAACGGUGAAGGCUACGCCUACUUCAACAACAUAUCCUACACGAAGCCCAAGGUUCCCACCCUGUUCUCGGUCUUGUCCUCGGGUGAUCUUGCCACAAACCCUGAAGUCUAUGGAACAGACACCCACCCUUAUGUCCUGGGUCACAAUCAGGUGGUUGAGGUCGUUGUCAACAACAACGACACCGGCGCGCAUCCCUUCCACUUGCACGGCCACAACUUCCAGCUCCUUGACCGCUACCCAGCCUACGGCAAAGACUUCUUCGAUUACGCAGACACCGACUACCGUGUGACCUAUGACCCAUCAAACCACACUGCCUUCCCCAAGGUCCCUGCACGCAGAGAUACCUUCGUGGUCCCACCGCAGGGCUAUUUCGUCGUUCGUUUUGUGGCAGAUAAUCCGGGUGUGUGGUUCUUCCACUGCCAUAUUGAUUGGCACUUGAUGCAGGGAUUGGCUAUGGCUUUCAUAGAAGCUCCUUUGCAGAUCCAGGAGCGGAUCUCUAUUCCACAACAGCAGUAUGAUGUUUGCAAGGCUGCUGGUAUUCCCACUCAGGGUAAUGCAGCUGGCAAUACGGAGGAUUACCUAAAUUUGACUGGUCAAAAUAUGCAGGUUCCUAUUUAG